CGCGACGGGCGCUGGGCGCGCGUGGGCUGGGUCCGGGCGCGGUGCCCCCCGCGCUCAUCUCGGGUGAGCACCUGCGGAUCUGCCCCCAGGAUUACACCUGCUGCUCCAGCGAGAUGGAGGAGCAGCUCAGCCUGCAGAGCAACCGGGACUUCCGCACUCUGGUGGAGGACGGGGCCAGCUUCCUGUCCAGCACCCUGGCCUCACGCCACCGCCGCUUCGAGGAGUUUUUCCGGGAGCUGCUGGCGGUGGCCGAGCGGGGGCUGCAGGCCAUGUUCACGCAGACCUACGGCCGCCUGUACGCCCAGAACGCCCGGCUCUUCCAGGGGCUCUUCGCCGAGCUGCGGCGCCACCAGCAGGGCGCCCGGCUUAGCCUGGACGAGGCGCUGGGCGAGUUCUGGGCCCGCCUGCUGGAGCGGAUGCUGCCGCUGCUCAACCCGCAGUACCAGUUCCCCCCCGAGUACCUGGAGUGCGUGGUGCGCCAGGGGGAGGCGCUGCGGCCCUUCGGUGACGUGCCCCGCAAGCUGCGCCUGCAGGUGACGCGGGCGUUCGUGGCCGCUCGAGUCUUUGUGCAGGGACUGGCCACUGGGCGUGAUGUGGUUGCCAAGGCCUCCAAGCUGCCCCCCAGCGGGGAGUGCCUGCGGGCCGCCAUGCGCAUGUCCUCCUGCCCCCUGUGCCGUGGGACCCCGGCCCUCAAGCCCUGCAAUGCCUUCUGCCUCAACGUCAUGAAGGGCUGCCUGGCCCGCCCGGCCGAGCUGGACCCCGAGUGGAACCGCUUCCUCGAUGCUCUGAUCCAGGUGGCUGAGCGGCUGGAGGGGUCCUUCAACGUGGAGCUGGCGGCCGACUCUAUCGGGGUGAAGAUCUCGGAGGGAAUCAUGUACCUGCAGGAGAACGGGGUGCAGACCUCAGCCAAGGUGACGGACGUGAAGGAGAAACUGCGGCUGAUGCGGGGGUUCUGGGUCACCCUGCCCCACACGCUCUGCAGCGACGGGAAGGUAGCGGCUGACGUGACAGACGAGGACAAGUGCUGGAACGGGCAGGCCCGGGGCAGGUACCUCCCGGACGUGACGGGGGACGGGCUGGUGAAUCAGAUCAAUAACCCGGAGGUGGAGGUGGACAUUGGGCGGCCCGACCUGCUCACCCGCCAGCACAUCCUCCAGCUGCGGAUGGCCACCAGCCGCCUGCAGGGGGCCUAUGGGGGCCGGGACCUCGACUUCCAGGACACCUACGAGGACGGCAGUGGCUCGGGAGGGGGCGCGUACAGCGAGACUGGCCGGCUGGAGGGGGUGGGCAGCAGCCAUUCGGGGUCCCGCCCCCCUGACUCCCGUUUCCGCAAGGACCCGGCGGGCAAGGGCUCCAGGCAGAAUCACCGCGUGGGGGCAGCAGCAGCUUGUGCCGCCUCCUGGGGGGCUGCUGCCCUUCCCCUCCUCCUGCUCCCCGCCCUGGCACUGCCCCUGCUGGGCGGUAACUCCCAGGUGCCAUGA